AUGUCCUCGAGAAAGAAGAACAUAUUAAAAGUUAUCAUUUUGGGGGACUCUGGGGUCGGAAAGACAUCUUUGAUGCACCGUUAUGUGAACGACAAAUAUUCCCAGCAAUAUAAGGCGACCAUUGGAGCUGAUUUCCUUACCAAAGAGGUUGUUGUUGACGACGACAAAGUGGCGACGAUGCAAGUUUGGGAUACUGCUGGUCAGGAACGUUUCCAAUCGCUUGGAGUGGCUUUUUAUCGAGGUGCAGAUUGUUGUGUUUUAGUUUAUGAUGUGACAAACGGUAAAUCCUUUGAGAAUAUCAAGUCAUGGAGGGAUGAAUUUCUCGUAAACGCAAAUGUUUCUUCACCUGAAACUUUUCCGUUUGUUAUCCUGGGCAAUAAAGUUGACGUUGAAGAGUCAAAGAAAGUGGUAAGUACUAAAUCGGCGCAGGAACUGGCCAAGUCUUUAGGAAACGUUCCUUUAUUCUUCACUAGUGCGAAAAAUGCAAUCAAUGUUGAUACUGCUUUUGAGGAGAUAGGACGUAGCGCACUGCAACAAAAUCAGGCCGAUGCUGAUGCUUUCGAAGAGGACUUCAAUGACGCUAUCAACAUUCAAUUGGAUGGAGAACCAAGUUCAUGCAGUUGUUGA